GUGGAGAGGAAGCCUGGUAGCCUGCAUCCAUAUAAAUGGUGCUGCCCACCUCUCCACUCUGACCUGAAGGCAGAGAUCCCCGUGGGCUCUGUUGGAUGGGAGGAACCACUGCAACAGAAGCCAUGUUGCUGUCUUCUUUGGUCCUCACUCUGGCCUUGCUGAUGGCUUCCGGCAUGGAGUACAAGGUGAAGGAGGUCUGUAUCGGAAAUCCUGGCAUCCCCGGCACUCCUGGAUCCCACGGCCUGCCGGGCAGAGAUGGGAGAGACGGCAUCAAAGGAGACCCUGGGCCUCCAGGCCCGAUGGGCCCGCCUGGAGGAACACCAGCCUACUCCGGGCCUAAUGGGCUGACCGGAGCCCCUGGCGUCGCUGGAGAGCGUGGAGUACAGGGGGAGCCUGGCGAGAGAGGCCCUCCAGGGCUUCCAGCUUCUCUAGAUGAGGAGCUCCAAACCACACUCCGUGACUUGAGACAUCAGAUCCAGCAGGCCAUGGGAGUCCUAAGUUUGCAGGAGUCCAUGCUGGUAGUGGGAGAAAAGGUCUUCUCCACCAAUGGGCAGUCGGUUAAUUUUGAUGUCAUUAGAGAGUCAUGUGCCAGAGCAGGUGGCCGCAUUGCUGUCCCCACGAGCCCAGAAGAGAACGAAGCCAUCGCCAGCAUCGUGAGGAAGCACAACACUUACGCCUACCUGGGCCUGGAGGAGGGCCCCAGCCCUGGAGACUUCUGCUACCUGGAUGGGGCCCCCGUGAAUUACACCAACUGGUACCCAGGGGAGCCCAGGGGUGGGGGCAAAGAGAAGUGCGUGGAGAUGUACACAGACGGGCAGUGGAAUAACAAAAACUGCCUGCAGUACCGCCUGGCCAUCUGUGAGUUUUGAGCAGGCGCCCAGGCCACAGGGUAGAUAGGGCCCUGCCUUGCCUUUCGGCCUCCAUCCUGAAGAUGCACCUGAUCUCUGAGAUGCUCCUUUUCAACAAAAUUGUAUUUGUGGCUGUUAGGGCGGGAGGCAUUCUUAGCCACUCCACUCCUCCGACAGGCCCUUGAAUCCCCACCCACAUCAUGAAUCAGUCUGACACUCCCCCUGAGCCUUUCCCGGUAAUGCAAUCUGGGCCCCACUCCUAACUUUGCCCUUUGGAAGAGACGGAGACUUCCUUCUUCCUCUUCUUGUCCAGUCCCUUCAUUUCUAGAUGGCAACAGUGAGGCCCCGGGAUGGAAGUUCCCUCCAAAAUCACACAGAAGGUGGCUGCUUCCUGGCUUCCCCGACUCUUAACUCUGCAGACUACCACCUGCCCAGCCCCAUCAAGAUUUAGCAGUUCGGGUCAAGCAUAAUGAUAGAGACAGGUGGAAUUCUGGGGAAUUCCAAAUGCGGGAGCUAAGGACCCAUUUGGGAUUAUCCGGUCUCUGUCUCCGUGAGGUCAGAGGGCAAGGUGGUGUCCCAGCGUGGUGGAGGCCAACCUAACCCUGACGAUUGGCACGGAUUAUCCACUUCCUUGAGUCUUGGGUUGCCUGCUCAACUCCCUGACCUAAAAGCAGCCAGUUUACAUCACUAGGGAAGAUCUCAUCCCUGACCCCAGACAUAAUCCAAGCUCCUUCCUGCCGAUGGACAUAUCCCCACACCGUUUUGGGUCUCCGUAAGUUGCUCACACCAUCCACGCCACGAGCUAUUUAUCGAGCACGUAAAUAGUGUAUGUGCCGAGUCUGGGUACCCAGAAACUUGCCAAGCACUUCUAAUACACCUUUUGGAGUAUGAUUUCAUCUUUACCCAACACCAUAGGCCCAGCCUUAUUUUCCCCAUUUUUAUACAAGGACGCUGAAACUUAGAGAAGUUAAGUGUUUUGAGUUUUAUUACUUGGGGCAAGUGGCAGAGGCUGGAUUCACACCUAUCUACCUGGACCUGAGGUUUAUGCUCACAACCACGUCACCUCUUGCCGGACAGAGGCGAUUUCCGUGUAAUAAAUCAUGACUGCGUUAACGUGA